GUCCUUCUCCAACAGAUGUGAUCCACACUGUGGGCCCAGUGGCCCGAGGUCACGUGGGCCGUACAGAGUCUGAUGACCUCGCCUCAUGCUACGAGAAUUCUCUCAAGCUGAUGGAGGAACACCAUUUGAGCACAGUGGCCUUCCCAUGUAUAUCAACUGGCAUCUAUGGCUUCCCCAAUGAGCCUGCAGCUGAAAUUGCUCUGAACACAGUAAAGAGUUGGAUUGAAAAGAAUCCUGAUAAGAUUACACGGGUCAUAUUCUGCGUCUUCCUCGAGACUGAUUUUGCCAUCUACAAGAAAAAAAUGUCCCAGGUCUUUCAAGACAAUGACAUGGAGUUUACAGAAGAGCAGGUGAAGGGAGGUAACACACCAUCAUCCGAACAAAGUGAAGACAGAGAUAAAGACGAAGACAGUGAUGAAGAAGUGGACAAUGUUGCUGUGGAACAUGCAGAUGUGGAGAUGCAGAGUCAAAAACAAGAUGUAGAUUCAGAGCAGCCAAAGCAAGGACAGGAUGAAGAUGAAACUGAUAACCAAGCCAUUGAUGAUGAAAAAUGCAAAGAAGAAAAAGGCAUCAACAGUGAUGAAGACAAAACCAUUGACAACAACAAAGGCAAAGACGAUGUCAAAGAAGAAGAAGAACAACAACCUGCUGCACAGUCAGAAGAAGACAACACACAAAUGUCCACAGUGGAGAUGGAAGAAGACAUGCAGGGUCGUGUGAUGAGCUCACAAGAAGUUGAUUCUGUUCCAAGUGACAGCCUUCAGUCCAAAGACCCUGUUGAGAAGAAAGAAUGACCGGCUGACGGAAGGACAAUCAACCUUAUCUGACAGCCAGCAAACUGUGCGAAGGCCAAACACGCUGGUGUCAGACCGGCCCGUGGCAGUAUGGGCUUUGACACCAGCACAGGACAACCAUUUACACCCAAAAUGCUUAUAUUCCUUAUAAUUUCACCUUUUUCUGCUUUUUGUUCUGAGGUUUCUCAUACCCAAAGUAAGUAAGUAUAAAACCCUGCUCUAGGACUUGAACAUAUCAACCAGAAAAAUACGAGCCAUAACACACUGUGUUUUAAGAGUCAUGCACCUUGUUGCCAGCUGAGGGAGAUGAGAUGGAAAAACUAGGUUCAGUUCUCAUUAUUAGAUCUAAACUCGCUGUGAGAGCUCUGUGUCAGCUGUCACUGAACAACAGCCACGCCUCCUCUCCAUCGAGACUUCAAGCUGGCUGAUGCUUAACAUCAAUCAUCUUCUUGUUCUGGGCAAAGUAAAUUUAAAUACCGCCGUGACAGUCAUGGCAUUAAACAGUGGCAUUUGUCGCCUCUUUAGAGUGUGACAGGGAAACCUGCCAUGUCUCCUCACAAUGCGCUGCAGCUCUAACUCCACUGUUAAGUCAAAUCUGCUGAUGCCUGUAGCCAGGCCAGGGUGUCUCCCAGGUGGCGUGAUGAUGUCUGAUCCCACCCAAUCUCAACAGCUCCUGUAUGUAACUGCAACUUAAUUUAACCAUCAGCACCCACACUGACUAAAGGAUACGAGUGUCUUUUAAGAUUUUUUUUUUUCCCCCUCUUCCCUCUUUCUUUGCCAUAUUUAGUGCAUGCCAGAAUUGCUUUGAACUUUACCGACACAAACAGGAAUUGCAGUCCCUGCUUGUCUCAGUUGACCAUGCAAUGGUUAAUACUGGCUGUUAACAAUUUGGGUUGUUUUCUGAAUCAGGUUUAUAAAUGUUUAGUUUCCAUUAAACUGAUCAUGAAUUAUUUUUAGUGGUGCCAUACUAAAGACAAGAAAAAUUACACUUCUAUGAAAUGAUGCCUUCAUACUUUGUUUGCUUUGCUAAUCUCUAACAGAAAUGACUAAUAAAAGUUUUAAGGUG